AUGAAACUAUCGCUGUCUAUAUUCUUGUGCAUAGCUGCUUACCAUCAGCUGGCAGUGUCAGUGGCAGCCCAAUCAUCUCCCUUUUACUACCAAGAUUAUGAGACAUCCUAUCACUCAGAGUAUGCUAAACAGGGCAAAAUGGUCCAGCAAGGAAGAACUGGUGUGGCAGCCAUGCAUGCUGUGUUGUUAAAUGAAAGAAGUAUACUGAUCAUAGAUAAAGCCGAGGAAAAUGAAGCUAAAUUAGACUCUGGAGUCAGCGCAUUUUCAUCCUUGUACGAUAUUGAGACCAACACCUAUAGAACAUUGCUGUUGGAAACAAACACAUUCUGUUCAGCAGGCGGGUUUCUGGCAAAUGGCACCUUUAUCAGCACCGGUGGAGCAGAGAGUAGAGGUGCUUGGAAGGCAGGCAGAGGACAUCAGUCGAUUCGACAUUUCCAACCUUGCUCAGACGAUAGCUGCUCUUGGGUCGAGUAUCCAACCGGGAAAAUGUACAGUAACCGUUGGUAUCCCACUGUAGAGCAACUGCCAGAGGGUGAUUUGAUCAUCAUCGGUGGCUCCAUUGCUGGUACCAAAUACAACACCAAAGAGAAGAAUGUGCCUUCUUACGAAUUUUGGCCACCAAGAACAGAGGAGCCUAUUCAACUCGACUUGCUAUUACACACAUUGCCUUAUAAUUUGUACCCUUUUGUUUUCCUACUGCCAGACGGCAACUUGUUUAUAUUUGCAUCAACAAAAUCCAUCAUCUACGACUACAACAACCACAGAGUCGUCAAGGAACUCCCUCGCAUGCCUGGUGUGCCGCGAUCCUAUCCCUUGACAGGUGGAGCUGUCAUGUUGCCACUGGAUCCAGACAACGACUACAAUGUAGAGAUAUUGAUUUGUGGAGGAUCAUCCAGCCCAAAAGCCACCAGCGCAGCUGACGACACUUGCGGGCGCAUCAAUCUAGGCGACAAAGAUCCUCAGUGGGAGAUGGACACAUUCAUACACAAGCGAGUGAUGCCAGAUGGUGUGAUACUAUCUGACGGCAGCCUGAUUUGGGUAAACGGCUGUCAACGUGGCUAUGCAGGAUACAAAGAUGCCAACCAUGAUCCCACCUUUGAUCCCCUUAUUUACAACCACAAGAAACCACUAGGGAAGCGAUGGACACAAGGAUUGGAUAACACGGAUAUUGCGCGCAUGUAUCAUUCUGUCGCAUUGGCACUGCCUGACGGUCGAUUAUGGAUUGCAGGCUCCAAUAGCGUUGAUCCACCUGACAUUCAUGCAAAAUACCCAACCGAAUACCGAGUGGAAUACUAUACACCGCCUCACUUGUACAAGCGACCUGAAGAUGCUCGACCUAGAAUAUCGCAUGUGCCCAGAGUAGUGACAUAUGACCAGGAAUUUGAGGUUCUAUUGCACCUUCAAGACAAUGUCAAGGAUGCAAAGAAACUCAAGGUGGCCAUCAUGAGACCUGGAUUCAGCACACACUCGAUGCACAUGUCUCAACGUUAUGUGUACCUUCGCUACCAAGUGGACCCAGCCUUCGAGACACUCAAAAUCAUGGCACCACCCAAUGCCAAUAUCUAUCCUCCCGGCUCUGCGUAUCUGAUUGUCACUUAUGAUGGCGUUCCAUGCAAAGGAACCGAAUUCUUUAUAGAAAAAGAUGUCAAUGAUUUGCAAAUCUAA